UUAGCUGAAACACCUUUAUAACAACAGAAUCAUUUGAACGUGCGCUCUGACUUGCGGGAGAACCCUUUGGUGAGAUUGCUGGGAGGGCUUGGGACUCAGUCUGUGCGCACAGGUAACGGUUGAGCUGUGAGUUAAGGUGAGUCAGGGGGAGAUCCCAGCCCAAUCCCAGCCACGCAGGGCACUGGUUUAGAGUGUCUCAGACACGACACCUUUCCCCCAAAGUGUUUUCCCUGGGGGGUCAAGGGCAAGAGCCACGAGCAGCAAGCAGCAUGCAGGCAAGCAACUACAGAUAGGGGGUAGAGAAAUCGGAUUAGUUGCCAUGGCAUCAAGGCCCCAACAAACACUGAGUCACCUUUUGGGCGCAUUGACCCAGCCCCCUUUCCUGUUACAAGCAAAUGGCAGGGAACUUGAGGGGAAACUCCCAGCACGUGAUCCAUGUUUGAAAAAAGCCCUCCAGGAGAUUGGCAGGGUGUGGCUUGGGCCCAGCAGACCGAAUUUCUCAGGAUAUACCUGGGCAGUCACAGCGCAAACUCGGAGUAGAUGGGGUCCCUCCAGGAUGUCCCAGGUGAAGAGAAGCGGGCUUCUGUGCUUACGCAGAUUCCUCUGCAAGUUCUGUUCCUCCUGCGCGAAACGGAGGCCCCCCGGUCUUCAGGAAGGUGGUAGGACAAGGAUGGAAGCCUCCUGCUUAGAGCUGGCCUUAGAAGGUGAGAGACUUUGUAAAGCUGGAGAUUUCAAAGCGGGGGCUGCCUUCUUCGAAGCUGCUGUCCAGGUGGGGACUGAGGAUCUGAAGACCCUCAGUGCCAUCUACAGUCAGCUGGGGAAUGCCUACUUCUACCUGAAAGAGUACUCGAAGGCGCUUGAGUAUCACAAGCAUGACCUCACCUUGGCCAGAACUAUUGGGGACCGCAUUGGGGAAGCCAAGGCCAGUGGCAACCUGGGCAAUACCCUCAAAAUCUUGGGCCGUUUUGAAGAAGCUGUUGUCUGCUGCCAGAGACACCUGGACAUUUCCCAGGAGCAGGGUGACAAGGUGGGGGAAGCCAGGGCCCUGUACAACAUCGGUAACGUGUACCACGCCAAGGGGAAGCAGCUGUCCUGGAACUCUGCUCAGGACCCUGGCCACCUGCCCCUGGACGUCCGGGAGACGCUGCAGAGAGCUUCAGAGUUCUACGAGCGGAACCUGUCUCUGGUGAAGGAGCUGGGAGACCGGGCUGCCCAGGGCCGGGCCUACGGGAACCUGGGCAAUACCCAGUACCUGCUGGGGAACUUUAGCGAAGCCAUCACCUUCCACAAGGAGAGACUCGCUAUUGCUAAGGAAUUUGGAGACAAAGCAGCUGAAAGGAGAGCCUACAGUAACCUAGGGAAUGCCCACAUCUUCCUGGGGAGGUUCGAUGUCUCGGCAGAGUACUACAAAAAGACCCUCCAGCUGUCCCGACAACUGAAGGACCAGGCCGUGGAGGCCCAGGCCUGCUACAGCCUCGGCAACACCUACACACUGCUGCAGGACUACGAGCGAGCCGUGGAGUACCACCUGCGGCACCUGCUCAUCGCCCAGGAACUGGGGGACAGAGUGGGUGAAGGCCGAGCCUGCUGGAGUCUGGGAAAUGCUUAUGUGUCCCUAGGAAGUCAUGAACAAGCAAUGACCUUUGCCAAGAAGCAUCUGGAGAUUUCCCAUGAGAUUGGAGACAGGAAUGGAGAGCUCACCGCCCGCAUGAACAUUGCCCAGCUCCAGCUGGCCCUUGGUGGGGAUGCCAAGACCAAGCCAGGGGACAGGCCUCCCUACCCUGGCUAUGAGGCUCAAGGGGCCAGGCCUAAGAGGAUCCAGAGGCACAGUGUAGAGAGCCUGGAUUUAUUGAAGUUCCCACUGGAAAAGAACCAGAACGGAGACAGCCACCACAUGGUAGAGCUGAAGAUGGCAGGCAAGGACUUCUUUUCCCUCUCGGUGAAAAGCCAGAAAUACCUUGAGGGUCCCCAAGAGGGGAGCAGCUUUCCCUUAGACAGCAGCAAUGAUAUCCAAAUCCAGAUCCCCCAGACGAAAAUCCCACGAGCCCCGUCCGAUGAGGAAUGUUUCUUUGACCUGCUGAGUAAGUUUCAGAGCAACCGGAUGGAUGACCAGCGCUGUCCCCUGGAAGAGGGCCAGGCUGGGGCGGCUGAGGCUAACGCCCCGACUCCCACCUUGGAGGAAAGAAUAUCUCACUCGUCUCUGAUGGCCUCCCCUCAGACCGAGGAGUUCUUUGACCUAAUUGCCAGCUCCCAGAGUCGCCGGCUGGAUGACCAGCGGGCCAGUGUGGGCAGCCUGCCGGGUCUUCGCAUCACCCAUAACAAUUUGGGCCACCUUCGUGGGGAGGGGGACGCUCAGGAGCCCGGAGAUGAAUUCUUCAACAUGCUUAUCAAAUGCCAGUCCUCCAGAAUAGAUGACCAGCGCUGCGCCCCGCCCGAGACGGUGCCCCGGGGCCCGACCAUGCCCGACGAGGAUUUCUUCAGCCUCAUCCAGAGGGUCCAGGCCAAGCGCAUGGAUGAGCAGCGAGUGGAUCUUGCCUCUGGCCAGGAGGAGGAGGCGGCCAGCCUGCGGCCCGACGCCGCGCAGCAGUGCCGGCCCAGCGCCAGCUAAGGGCCUCCCGCUGGACAGCCCCGGGACAGGUGCAGCCCUGAGCCUCCCCUGGGAUCUGAGGGAAAGGAGAACUGACCUCCCUCCUCCUGGGUCCGGGCGCUAGGGGAAGCCCCCACCAUGUGCAGAUCCUCACGUCCCGGGGGAGGCCCAGACGCCCCAGCGGGCGCAUGGCUGAGCUUGACAAGGUCAUGAUAGGCACUGGAAGCCCAAAUGGAUGUGAACAGCCAGCCCUUCUCCCCGCAGCCUCAGCGGGCAUUUCCUGAGGUCGAGGGGAGAUGUCUGGGGGGCUAGACUCUUACCCAGGAUGGUGGGUCCUCUUCAUCACCCUGUCAAGCCUAGAGAUCCCAGACUCAGUCUGGUGGAAGCCUGGGUCCCUCUUGUGCCGACGGCCCCGUCCCUGCUGCUUUCCCUGACCCGGUGCAUGAGCAUUAAGAGGCAGACAGAAGCUGCCCUGACAAAGCAGCCACGCUGGCCCUAACUCUGUGCCCAGCUAACGCCCUCGGCCCAACCUCCAGUCGUCCCACUGAGACCAAACAAAGUGCAAUAGGAUCAGUCUCCUCUGAGCCCUCUGCGUCCCUCGGACCGCGGGCUCCUCUCUGUCCCUCCCCAGGAGUGGGCCCUGGCCUCCAGCAGCGGAGCGUCCCCAGGGACUCCCUCCUCCCGGGGAGCGGCAGAGCUAAGGCGUGGCGGACGGCCCUCCGUCCUGCUGACUGUGCGUGUGCUGGGUGUGUGCCCGCUGAGGGUUACUGGCUAAGCCACAGUGCAACCUUCAGGCCCCCGUGCCGGCUCCGAACCAACAGCCAAAGGACCCGCCGGCCCAAAUCCGGACUCCUUCCUCCUCCCCCUCUCCGGUCGGCAGUUUCCCCAACAACUAUUUAAAGUCCCCAGGAGCCAAAAACAGCAAAAAGAGGGUCCCCUACAAGAGGGUGGUGGGCAGGAGCAGUGGGACAGAGGAGAGACGCUCCUCGGGAGGCCCCGAGCCCAGCAGUGCUGCCGGCGCAGCCGUGGAGUCAUAACCCCCCCCCUACACACAUGUAGGGGCAUUAGGGCGCCUUCAAAAGUCUCCCUCCCCGGCGACUCCGGCUGGUUAGGGCUGCUUCCUCCCCCACCAGCUCUGAGCCUUCUUCCCCAGGAGUGUGGGGCUGCACCCCCAAGGGCUUGCUUAGCUCCUCAGCUCUGGAGGCAAGAGCGGAAUACGAAGGCGUUACGGGAGGAAGGGGCUUCUGGCUGCAGCGAUUUUUGGAUGCAGCACCAUCCACCCCGUUUCAACGUGGACCGGGAUAACUGCGAGCACUGUUGUGGAAGUGUAGGGAGGCUAACCAGCCGGGCCUUUGUUUUCUCGUUGCUCUGGUGUCCGUGGGCUUCUCUGACUUUCGAGGAUAUUUGUCUGUUGCCCAAACUUGUGGAAGGUCUAGCUGGGGAACAGAAGGCUAACCAUGAAGUUGGGCAUAAAAGGCUGCUGGCAGGUCUGAAACCGAUUGAAUCUUUACCCCCCUGUCCUGAGCUCCCAGAUCCUUUGGAAAAGUGAAUUCAGGCUGGGCUAUCUUAGUUCUCCCACAGUGACCCUGGCACUCCCCUCUUUCCAUAUCAGCAAGGUCAAGGAAAUGAACCAAAAUGCACUUGCCCUCUGUGUCUCCACUCAUAAUUUUUAAAGGGCAUUCUAACUUUCAUCCCGAGUCAACAUUUGACCCUGAACCAACUUCCCACAUGCUCUCCAAUUGGAUAGUUUGGGAUUUUGCCGGCAGCUUAGCACCCACCCCUCAAAGAUAAGGACAGCUGUAAUUGGUUAUUGGCCAAGGUCUUUGUUUAUGCUCCAAAACUUUUUUUUUAUAUACAAACAGUCCCAACCAUUGUUUGACUCCCAGUGGGAGCAUUUACCUUGGGCCACUGACACCCAGGAUUUUUCAAAAGCAGCUGACUGGCUCUAGCUGCCCUGGAAAGUUAGGAAAAGCUGGAAGGACCUUUUCUCAGCUGACUUGCAGAGAUCUUCCCAGUGACUAACACAUAUGGUUCUUAGAAGGGCAGUGGCCCAGAAAUAGGGUCUCCCCACUGAGAAUAAGAAAUCCGGCUUAGGGCCAUGGUGGAAUGACGGUUCCUGGAGCCCAGGGCCAAGAUUUCCCUUGCUCUGUUUCUCUUCUCUACAUCCCACAUCCACUCUAACCCCCCACUCCCCAGGUUUCAACCUCAUAGGCUAUGUCCUAUUAAUUGAAGAUAGUGAAUUCGGUAGAUUCCAGGUAGAUAAGAAAAUGAGACAGCAGAAGAGCCACAGUUCUUUCCCUCACAAAGCCAACAGUCCAAUUCCUGGCUUUGCUUUUCUGGCUUCCUCUCAAGGUUCUAUCUUAGCCACUAAAGGGAUAUAGUCAUAAAGACAGUAAACCAUUUCACAGCCAUUGUGUUAUUCUCACAAAAGCCCUGGGAAGUUGGUGGGACAGGCAUCAAAAUAGCAGAAUUAAAAGAAAAUGUCUCAAAGUCUUACAGCAAAUUUGUAACAAAUUUGAACUCAAAUCCACUGAUUGACAAUCCAUUCCUCUGUUAUCCCAAGAGAGCAGGUUUAGGUAAUACCUAAGAAUGGGCCUGACUUAUUGGCAAUCAAACCAUGAAUGAAAAGGAUGCUUCAAGGGACCAAGAGCAAAAAAAGUAAGAUUCCAGGCCAAAGUAGGAUGUAGAUCUACUUUAGCAGAAAAAAAAACUGAAACCGGAAAGGCUGGCUUUCAGAAAAAAAAAAGGGGGGGGGGAGAGAAUAAUAAUAAUAAUAAUAAUAAACCAAGUAAAACAUUAGUAAUGACCACAUACUUGAAUGUUCAAGCUUAUUUAUUUUUUACAUCUGCGUUGGUUGUGUUGUAAGUGGGCCAUUCCCAAUCCUGGAGGUACAUUUUGUUUUGUUUUCUCUAAAAAUAAAUAUUAAGAUCUGCCAAAUGAAUUAAUAUAUGUGUAAGUAUGUAAUUAAAGCCUUGGGGAUUUUGUGCAUAAUAAAAGAUUUUUGUGGUUUAA